GGGGUGAUAAAGCCUGUGUUUGCGCGUUGUGUGUGCACAUACGCGGGAUAUCUUGUGACCCAUGCGGGACUGGAGACGGCGGAUCGGAUUCUCGCGUCCAAAGGUGCAGGAGAAAACGCCGGAGGAGCGCUACCCACUGAUGUGCGGUCGAUGUGUCUGGCAGCCGAAAUAAAAACGAGACCUUGGGCAGAUCUGUGCAUAAACUGGUACCAGCCGCACCACUGGCACACAGGCGAGGGGGGGAAUAUCCGUGCCUCUCUUCUCCUCCGCGCUCCGCCAGUGCGCAUGGAUGAAAGUCACAGUUAAAAUGCAUGCGGCAGGACGCGUCUGAUGUGGGAUUACGACGCGUUUGCGAACUUUGGCCGUGGCUCGCUCCUCCGACAUGACACUGCUAAUUCCGGCCGCCGCUGGAAGAACACGGGAGCCCCCUUUUGCCGUCACGUCCUCGGCGUGAGCGAGACCCGCGUACAUGCGCUCGCCGAUGCCCGGCUCAUGGAGCUAAACGCAGAGGAGACUUGACUUUGAGGAUUCUUUUUUUUUUUUUUUUUUUUUUUUUUGGGGUAUUAUUCUUAUUUCAUUUCCCAACGCCUGACGCAAGGUGGAACCACGAAACCCAUGUUCCCACAGAGGCUGGAGGGAAGAGAAGGGGCACAGCCGUGAUUUUCGGGAUGCUUUGGCGUUUACCGGGAUCAACACGAUGACUCCUCAUAUUGGUACCGCACUUGAGUGAGCUGGGGCACCCUCUCCCAGGAAAAAUGCAUAUCUGGAUCCUAAAAAUAAUCCUUCUGAUUGCAUCAUCUCUGAGGCUGGUCGAGAUGUAUGACAAUUAUGGGGAGAUCUGUCGAAACCUGUGCACAUGCGAGGAGAAGGAAGGGAUCCUGACGGUGAGCUGCGAGAACCGGGGGAUCAUCAGAUUGACGGAGAUCAGCCCCGUCCAUUUCUCCAUGUACCACCUCCUGCUGACAGGGAACCUCCUGAAGAAGCUGUCAGUCAACGAUUUCAUCAAUUACACCGGGGUGACCAUCCUGCACUUGGGAAACAAUGACAUCUCGGAGGUGGAGUCCGGCGCCUUCAACGGGCUCCAGGGAUUAAAAAGGUUGCACCUGAACAACAACAAGAUCGAAAUUCUUCGGGAUGACACCUUUGCGGGACUGGAGAGUUUGGAAUAUCUGCAGAUUGAUUACAAUUACAUCACCAACAUAGAACCCAAUGCCUUGAGCAAACUGCACCAACUAACAGUUAUGAUACUGAACGACAACCUACUCUUUGCCCUGCCUCCGAAUAUCUUCCGGAAUGUUCCCCUGACACACCUGGACCUGAGGGGAAACCGGUUAAAAAUGUUCCCCUACAUCGGCCUCCUGGAGCACAUGGACAAAGUUGUGGAAUUACAACUGGAGGAGAACCCGUGGAAUUGCUCCUGCGAGCUCAUCGCUCUGAAGGCUUGGCUGGAGAGUAUAGCAUAUACGGCCCUGGUGGGGGAGGUGGUGUGUGAGACGCCGUUCAGGCUCCAUGGCAGGGACCUGGAUGAGGUAUCGAAGCAGGAACUCUGCCCAAGAAGACCCCCAGAGGACACGGUCAGGCCUGCGCCCCCUAGCAGCACUAAUGGAUAUUACCAGACCACACCUGCUUCUGUCACCGCCUCUGCCACCUCCUCGGCUGUUUUUAGGUCCUCCUCCAGGCCUACCAAGGGCACGCGACAAUUUAACAGAACUAGGGUAAAGCCCACGUCCCGGUUAUCAGGCGGCAACCCUCACAACUAUGGCCCCAUCAUUGCUUUUCAGACCAAAUCUCCUGUGCCUUUGGACUGCCCCACAACCUGCACAUGUAAUCUGCAGAUAUCUGAAAUUGGGCUAAAUGUCAACUGCCAAGAGAGAAAGAUUGAAAGCAUUUCUGAUCUAAAACCCAAGCCAUACAAUCCUAAAAAAAUGUAUCUCACUGGAAAUUACAUCCCUGUGGUGCGGAGAUCAGAUUUUGUCGAUGCCACUGGAUUGGAUUUGCUUCACCUGGGAAACAACAGGAUAACACUGAUCCACGACCGGGCUUUUGGGGAUUUAACCAACCUGCGUAGGCUGUAUUUAAAUGGUAAUCUCAUGGACGGGCUUACAGGAGAAAUGUUUUUUGGUUUGCAGAACUUGCAGUAUCUUUAUUUAGAGUACAACAAAAUCAAGGAGGUUGAUGAGGCCGCUUUCCGUUACCUCCCUAACCUCCAGCUGCUUUUCCUCAACAAUAACGUCCUGAAAACCUUACCUGUGGGCAUCUUUUCCAGCCUCUCUCUGUCUCGGCUGAAUCUGCGUAACAACCAUUUCCAAAACCUGCCUGUGAGUGGUGUAUUAGAUCAGCUGAAGCUGCUGUUGCAGAUAGAUCUGUUUGAAAAUCCCUGGGACUGCUCCUGUGACAUAGUGGGGAUGAAGAUAUGGCUGGAGCAGCUCAGCGCUGGCACUGUGGUUAAUGAGAUCGUGUGCGAGACGCCCAAACGCCACACAGCAGUGGACCUGCGCUCCAUCCAGUCGGAGCAGCUCUGCCCAGACUACUCCGAUGCAUACGUCUCGUCGAGCACCCCGACGGACGAGCCCAUGGACGACCGGGUCGUCACCACAGCGGCUCCGCAGAAGUUCAACACCCCGAGCAGCACUGUCCCCCUCUCUGUCCUCAUCCUCAGCCUCCUGCUUGUUUUCAUCAUGUCCGUCUUUGUGGCCGCAGGGCUGUUUGUUGUAGUGAUGAAAAAGCGCAAAAAGUCACAGAGUGACCGCACUAGCACCAACAAUUCAGAUGUCAGCUCUUUUAACUUGCAGUACAGCCUCUACAGCAACCGCUCCGGCCCGAAAGUUAAGGCCCCGGCCAGUCACGUCUAUGAGUAUAUUCCCCACCCCAUGGGCCACAUGUGCAAAAACCCCAUUUACAGGUCACGGGAGGGAAACACAGUGGAGGAUUACCGUGACCUCCACGAGCUCAAGGUCACAUACAGGAGUACCACAGACGAGGAGAGGGAUGGCAGCACGAUGAGGAGCCCGACGUACAGUGUUAGCACCAUCGAGCCCCGGGAAAACCCCUCCCCCGUCCAGGAUGCAGACCAUUUCUUCCGAGGCAUCCUGGAGCCGGAUAAGCAGUCGCCCCAUCAGUCCAUCCCGUCCCUCCCCGCAGGUGCCAAUUUAGAGUUCAAGUACACGGGGCCGGUGUCGUACACGUACAACCCAAAUUUUGAUGUCAGACGUCAGUUCUUGCACCCGGAGAGGAUAAGAGAAACAGUGCUCUAUGGCACGGCACCCAGUACUGUCUAUGUCGAGCCCAAUAGAAAUGAGUAUUUGGAGCUAAAAGCUAAACUGCAGUCUGAGCCCGAUUACCUCGAAGUUCUGGAGAAACAGACCACCUUUAGCCAGUUCUGAGCAACAGAGUCAUUAAUGUAACGAAGCAUUUGUCUCUCUUGACCCUCCUUGAAACAGUGGCUCAGUUCAUAGGGGUGCCUUGGCACAAUACAAACAAGCGAAGGCGAAAUGGAGUUUAAAAAAAAAAAAAACCGGGGUGUGCCGAACAAUCUUAUUCUUAUUUCUGAAACAUGACAUUACAGGAACGGAUACAGCUUUCUGAGACACGGACGAACAAAGUUGCUCCGCUUAACUGAUGAUGCAAAAUCUAUUUUUCUAUGGUGAAGAUCGAAAUAACACACAGAAAUGUAAGUGUACAGGUAAAUCUUACCCAACUUCAUUUUCAGGAAUAUAACCAUGCAUAAGGUUUAUUGUGAAUCAGAUGAAAAAAAAAAAAAAUGUUUAUAAAAAUCACUCCCGGACAAAAACACUGUACAGCAGAUCAUCGAAAACUGUGUAGGACUAUUUUCUGCUGUAGACUGUAAGUAAGUAUUUAUUGAUAUAAUCUGCCAUGUCUUUUCAAAACUUUUGAUUCUACAUCAAUAUUACCUGUGUCAUCAUUCUUCAUGAUCCUCUGAAAAAGCUUAUGUUUGUAGUUUCAUUUACUGUAGCUCUGCAUUGUAAAAGUGGCUUAUUUUGAAAAGUGGCACACCCCCAAUGUUAAAAAAAAAAAAGGACAAAAAAAAAAAGACUGCCUCAUUUGAAGAAGAUGAUAAAAAAAGUGUCUUUGUAUGCUUUCUGCACUUUUUGGAAUUGGAAAGGCGAGUUAGCCUUUAAAUGAGUCUCAUAAAGGAGAUUAUUAUAUUAAAAAUGAAUAUGGGUAUUCAUUUUCAAUAUGUAGAAUUGAUAUGUUAUCAAAAGCAAAAUUCAUAAAGGAUAUUUGAAGUAUUAAUUAUGUUGUGUAAUACUGAUAUUUUAAUCAAUGUAACACCUAUUUUUAUACAAGCAUUCGCAGAUUCUCUAUCCCUUAUCAAUUUUAAUUUGUUUUGAUUGCUUUGCACUUAUUGCACUAUAUUGACCAAACUAUGUUAUUGUCAUCGAAUAAAACAUGAUGUCAGGUUCAUAUAAUGUGCUCAUGAGGAACAUU